AUGGGUACCGUCACCGUUUACGAGAACGCCAAAGAUGUGCCGGAUCGCGAGGCGCUGCAGGCGUGCUAUCUUGCUGCACACCCUGAUGCGGAGUGGUGGCUCCCAGAGGACGAGGAAGCUGCACAUAUAUCGUAUUGGGCACGCUUUGACCCACAUCAUGUGUAUUUCGUAGGUGGUUUUGGAGACGAACAUUUCAUCGGCUAUGUUCCCCUUGACAUGUACCGGGAAGCGUUACCAUCUCGCAAGGUGAUAGUCGAUCAAAGUUCGCGCUAG